GUGGCUUAACCAUUUAUCUCAAACUUCUCUGGCGCUCUAGCUUCUCUCUCUCCCCCCGCUUCCAUGUCUUUCCUCGCAAUCUCCACGAAGAAAUGGGCGAGACAAUCCGGGACAGCCAUUCACGCCGCCCUAUCUUUACUCGUCUUCUUCUUCCUCGACCUCACCGACGCGAUACUCUGCGUCGUUUACGUGCUCCUAGACGAGAUUCUGGAGGGAAAAUCCCAAAGCUGUUACUGCAACGCGUCUCCUCAUACCACCGGUGAAAAUGAGGUUUCAGAGACUUUAUUAAAGAGGAGAAACGUUUUCCGGGAAAUGGGUUUUCUCGGGUUCGCGAGAAGGUUCAAGCUUUCCGGGAGAAUGGUGAAGUCUGAGAAGGCUCAUAGAUGGUCAGAUUGUGGAUGCCAAUCUUGCAACUCGUGGACGAAGAACGAAGAUGGGAAUCUUCACGUCGUAGUCAAAGAUUCAACUCCUCAAGAGGACUCUGUUCAAGAACCGUCUGAGAAUGUAAUAUUCAUACACGGUUUCAUGGGUUCAUCUUAUUUCUGGACAGAGACUGUGUUCGAACACGUUAAAGAAGAUCGUUACAGGCUCUUUGCGGUCGAUCUUUUGGGAUUUGGGGAGAGUCCUAAGCCGAGAGACAGUCUCUAUACGUUGAGGGAUCAUGUAGAAAGGAUAGAGAGAUCAGUCAUCAAGCCUUACCAGUUAGGUUCGUUUCAUGUGGUUGCACAUUCAAUGGGGUGCUUGAUUGCUCUUGCUUUGGCUGCUAAACACUCAACCAUCGUAAAAUCAGUUACUCUUGUCGCGCCGCCUUAUUUUCCUUCAUCUCUUGAAGAGUCGGUCUUGACCCGAAUCGCUGGAAAGCGACUCUGGCCACCACUAGCGUUUGGUACUGCGGUCAUGUCGUGGUACGAACAUGUUGGUCGAUGCGUUUGUUUCAUAGUCUGCAAGCAUCAUAAGAUAUGGGAAUCGCUCAUCAAGCUAUGUACUGGUAAAAGGGAGAUUCCUUGGAAGAUAAAGGACAUAACAAGACACACACAUCACUCUGCAUGGCAUUGUAUGCACAAUGUGAUUUGCGGUGGGUCCAAAUUCGCGGAUAAACAUCUUGAAACCCUUGUAAACUCCGGUGUUAAGAUUCACUUGAUGCAAGGCGACCGUGAUGAAAUGGUUCCAUUGCAUUGCUCUGGUGAUAUGAAGAGGAGUUUUCCGGCGGUGGAAGUUGAGAUUGUUGUUGGUGCUGAUCACGAGAGUGUUAUAGGCGGAAGAAGAGAAGAGUUUGUUGAGAAACUGGAGAGCAUUUGGGGUUCAUGUAGAUAAGGCUCUAGUUACUAAAAACUCUGGAUCAAGAUGGAUACCAAACUGGGAACAUGAGCAAGGUGAUAAGGGCACGGAGCAAGCAAAGUAUCAACCGGAGUCUUCUUGAACGUAUCUCCGCUCACAAUGUAGAUGCAAGCUUUCCCAAUUUCAUCACAAGUUCACACAAUAAGCCCCUUUUGGUGGACCAAGUUACUAGGCUGAGACACAGGAUACAUUGUCUUGUAAUCCAAGGGAAUUUAGGUAUAGAAACCGUCAUUAACAUGCUCCAGUAAUCUUGUGCUUAAUCACGUAAAUGUCCAUUCAAUGACA